GAGGGGAGAGGAGGAGCGGGAAGAGGGCCGGUCCCCUUUCUCAACAGCCCUGCAGGGCAGGCCUCCCGCCGAGCCCGGCCUCCGGUCAGCUGGCUAGAGCCUCCAGCGCCAGGGACAGUCUACCUGGGAGCCAGCCAACGAGCCGCUCUGAGGGGCUUCCCCCGAAAAAGACCCCGCCAAGCACCCCUGGAAAAGUCCCUUGGGGUCUCUGGAGCCUGUCUCUGAUGACUGGUCGCAAGCGGGACUUCGCUGGGCUCUUGUGGCGGGGAGUUCCACGGUCCUGCCAAGGGACGAUGCCGCCAAGAGUCUAAUACAGCGUCUCUCAAGCUUGACAGCUUGAAGAGGGCUGGAUUUCAACUCCCAGCGUUCCCAACAAAGUUGUCCAAAUCCUCCCAAGACCUCCUGGGCUCUUGUGGCGGGGAGUUCCGCGGUCCCUGCCAAGAGACGAUGCCGCCAAGGGCCUAAUGCAGCAUCUCUCAAGCUUGACAGCUUGAAGAGGGCUGGACUUCAACUCCCAGCGUUCCCCAGCCAGCAAAGCUGUCCAAAUCGGGACUUAGCUGGGCUCUUGUGGCGGGGAGUUCCACAGUCCCUGCCAAGGGACGAUGCCGCCAAGAGUCUAAUACAGCGUCUCUCAAGCUUGACAGCUUGAAGAAGGCUGGAUUUCAACUCCCAGCGUUCCCAACAAAGUUGUCCAAGACCUCCUGGGCUCUUGUGGCGGUGAGUUCCGCGGUCCCUGCCAAGAGAUGAUGCCGCCAAGGGCCUAAUACAGCAUCUCUCAAGCUUGACAGCUUGAAGAGGGCUGGACUUCAACUCCCAGCGUUCCCCAGCCAGCAAAGCUGUCCAAAUCGGGACUUAGCUGGGCUCUUGUGGCGGGGAGUUCCACCGUCCCUGCCAAAGCGGUCUAAUGCAAUGUCACGCUUGAGAAAAACCAUCCUGCUACGAUUCUCACUGCACAUUCCCGUCUGUUGGCAGCCCUUCCUUUGCUCCCAGGCGUGAGUUCAUUUCCCAGCCUGACCUGGAGCUGCGAUUCAGGCAGGGGCUCAACCGGGGAAAGAGGCUCUACCUGCCUGACUUCUCCCUUCCCUUCUUAGGCCGCCCAGAGUCACCUGUCGGGGCAAUGGGCAGCCUAUAAAUUGAAUAAUAAAGGUAAAGAAAUUGAAACUUCGCCCUGGAGCUUCCCGUUGGGUCCCCAAGGCCCAUGGAGGGCGACGCUGGUUUAAAAGAAGUGACGGGGAUGACGGACAUUGAGCGAGUCUUAAUAUUGUGUGUGUGUGUGUGUGUGUGUGUGUGUUUGUGUGUUUAUAUCAGCCAUGCUGUUUGACUUACGACCACAAUUAAGCUCAAACGUUCUAUUGCUAAGCGAGUCGGUUAAGCAACCUUUGCCCCCUUUUUAACGGCAUUCCUUGCUCCGGUUGUUAAGUGAAUCACUGCGGUGGUUAAGUUACCUACACGGUCGUUAAAUGGAUCUGGCUCCCCCAUUGACUUUGCUCGUCGGAAGGUCUUAACUUCGUUGUUACACAACGGCAACAAAGAUAUUCUGUUCUAAGGUGGGAAAAGGGGAUCACGUGACCCUGGGACGCUGCGACCGUCAUAAAUAUGAGUCGGUGGCCCAGCUUCUGAAUUUUGAUCACGUGGCCGCAGGGAGGCUGCGAUGGUCACAAGUGUGAAAAACGGUCCUGCAGUGCCUUUGUAGCUUUGAACGGUCACUUAAAUGGACCGUUGUUAGGUGAGGACUAUCUGUAAUGUAUUGCUUGUGUUUAUUUCUCACUGUUGUGACUCCAGACAGCUUAGAAAGAAAAACAGAAGGUGAGGCAAAAGCUGUCGCCAAAACGUUAAAUCAUUUGAAAACAUAAAACUGUGAAAUAAUGAAAACAUAACCCGCGGGAGAGUUCUAGGCUAUUCUAGAACAUUCUAUCAGUUGUCUCACCUGUCCCAAGAAGCCAGUCCAGUCCUCCACAACACGGGCAGUCCUCAGCAUAUGAUCACAAUGGAGACUAGAAUUUCUGUUGCUAAGCGAGACGGUCAUUAAGCAGGUCCUGCUUCCUUUGGUUGUCAGAAGCCGGCCUGCAAGAUGACCAAUGGCUGUCAUAAAUACACGCCAGUUGCCAGGCGUCCAGAUUUUGCCCACAUGACUCUACGGAUGCCGUGACGGUCGUAAGCAUGAGGAUCAGUUGUCAGUCACUUUUACAGUGACGUUGUGAGUUUGAACAGUUGCUAAAUUAACUAUUUUAAGUCGAGGACAUCUUGUGGGGUUCUAAGCACAAUUAGCUAUCCUGAUUAUAUAUGUAUGUAUGUAUAUGUUUGUUUAUUAAGCUUGUAAUCUGCCCAUCUUGCCUAAUCAGGGAGAAGAAGGAAGCGAUGGAAGGUGAGGUUAGAUGGGUGAAAUAAUGGGAGCACAGGGGUCCUGCUGUGGGGGGGGGGGCAACUCUGACAACUUUAUGACCUGUGAAUUUUGGAUUUCAACUCCCAGAAUUCCUGAGUCAGCCAUGAUAGCACCUUCCAAUAAUGUCACAGGGAAGUUUUAUUCUCCAAAGCGCCUGAAGGCAGGACAAGAAGUAACAGGUGGAAACUAACCAAGGAGAGAAGCAACCCGGAAACUAAGGAGAAACUUCCUGAUAGUGAGAAGAAUCAACCAGUGGAACAGCUUGCCACCAGAAGUGGUUGACCUGUCGCACCUGGACCCCGAUGAGAGAUGGAGGAUCGAGCACGCCCGGAUGCACGCCAAGCACCGGGGCCACGAGGCCAUGCACGCCGAGAUGGUCCUCAUCUUGAUUGCCACAUUGGUCGUCGCCCAGCUGCUCCUGGUACAGUGGAAACAGAGGCACCCUCGCUCCUACAACAUGGUGACCCUCUUCCAGAUGUGGGUCGUCCCCCUCUACUUCACCGUGAAGCUGCACUGGUGGCGGUUCCUGGGCAUCUGGGUCGUCUUUUCGGCCAUCACGGCUUUCGUCACCUUCCGGGCCACUCGGAAGCCCCUCGUCCAGACCACCCCCAGGCUGGUGUACAAGUGGUUUCUCCUAAUAUACAAAAUCAGCUACGCCACAGGCAUCGUGGGCUACAUGGCUGUCAUGUUCACACUCUUCGGACUUAACUUAUUAUUCAGAAUUAAACCAGAAGACGGCAUGGAUUUUGGGAUCUCCCUCCUGUUCUACGGCCUCUACUACGGAGUCCUGGAACGCGACUUUGCGGAAAUGUGUGCGGAUUACAUGGCCUCCACCAUCGGGUUCUACAGCGCCUCCGGCAUGCCCACCAAGCACCUGUCGGACAGCGUGUGCGCCGUCUGCGGGCAGCCGAUCUUCGUGGACGUGAGCGAGGAGGGGAUCAUUGAGAACACCUACCGGCUCUCCUGCAACCACGUCUUUCACGAGUUCUGCAUCCGGGGCUGGUGCAUCGUGGGGAAGAAACAGACCUGUCCAUACUGCAAGGAGAAGGUGGACCUCAAGCGGAUGUUCAGCAAUCCCUGGGAGAGGCCGCACGUGAUGUACGGACAGCUGCUGGACUGGCUGCGCUACCUGGUGGCCUGGCAGCCGGUCAUCAUCGGACUAGUGCAAGGGAUUAACUAUAUCCUGGGCCUGGAAUAACACCCCCCCCCCCGGUUCUUGCCCCAGAGCCAAAGCGCCCCAGGGGAGCCCCAUGGCCAUGGACGCUGCUGGAGCCCCAGGAGAAGCGGUCUCCAUCACUGACCUCUCAGGACCCCGGCCUCGGCCCCCGGGCGGCGCGCCACGACCCCAGAGGGACGGACGGAUGGACGCUGCGCAUAAGAAGCACCGCCGAGGCCGGCUUCUGCUGCUUGUAGGCUGGAAAGAAAGAAUGUUUUUUCUUUUUUUUUUUUAGCAAGAAAGAAUUAUUUUAACAAGCCUAUCGAAACAUCUUUUUAUUCCUGGAUGUUUCCCCUCCGUUGGCCCUCUGGAAUUGUGCCUCUGUGCCAGGCCUGGUGGCACCACCGGCCCCUUCCUCGGCCGCUUCCGGCUGGCCGGCUGGCUCAGGACACCCCUUCCCCCAGUGGGAUGGAGGCCAACCAAGCUGGACAGCCAGCGUGGGGCGGAGAGUCCCCUGCCCUGUCUCGCGUUCCCCAGCCCCAUCGUCCCCAGCCUCUGAUGCCAACCCAGAGGGCUCCUGCCUGCUCUCUGGCGUUCCCCCGUUUCUCCUGCCCUCCUUGGGCCUUCAGGAGGGGCCCCAUCCUGAUUUUUUUUGGGGGGAGGGGCUCCUCGGCCUUCCGCCCUCUCCUCUUGAAAGGUCUCUUGGGAAUGGGUCCCAGUCAAACCCGAGACUUUUCCUGCCUGCUCGUUGGACCAGUCAAGCUUUGGAAGCAGCAGCUGAAAAAACCUGGGCAGCUAAACAAGCCGACCUGCCAGAUGGAGGGUCUCUGGGGGGGGGGGCACCAGCUCCUCCACUUCGCUUGGAAGGAAGCAAGGCCGUGCCGUGCUCGCCCCAACGUCGCUGAGGGGUCCUGCUCAAUCUGAGAAUCGCUGGGUGGCCUCCCAUCCCCGCCCCUGCCUGGUUAUUUUCAGGGCUUGGCGGUGCAGCGUUUGUUUUCAUGAACAGCAGUGUUAAGGUAAAGCCGGGGGUUGCUUUGGCGCAUUUUUAACCCCAGGAGAUGGGUGGGCGCGGUGGCGGGUGGCCCUUGACCCACGGAGAGAGCAAGAGGCUCCCAUCGCCUGGGACCCCUCGCACCUGGGUCUGUAUCGGGAGGGUGGGCCUUGUGUGGAGCUGGCUUCCCUGCACCCCACAACAUGAGGGGAGACGAAGGAUGCCGAGCGGGCAGGCCCCCUCCUACAGGGAGGCUCCCGGACCCCUUGCCAGGGGAAGACCUCACUGAGGACAGGCUCCGGGAUCUCAAAGGCGAUCCAGAAGUGGUUCCCCACCUAGGCAGCUGCCUCCACCCAGGGAACGGGAGGGGGGCUUCUGCUGCGGGGUCCAUCUCUGGCUCACCACCCACAGGGCAAGUUCAGAGCUGGGUCUCUGCCACAUUGGGGGUCUCGCCUUCCCGGGCAUCAUCCUGUAGUAGGGGGUGCUUUGCAGCGGGUCACAGCCUCUCCCUGAUCCCAAAUAAAAGGAGGAAGGGUGCCCCCCCCCGGAUCACUGGGAGGAAGGUGGGACGGUUGGGGUCUGCUUCCUAGCCAUGGUUGGCCUCCCUCCAGAUGUGUACACCUGUACAACGCGCACACACUCAGGUGUCUGUUGCAACAUCAACAACAGCCUGGGCCACUUGUGCGGCCUACUGCCAACGGGGGAUCGCUCCUGUGGCCAAAUCCUUAAAAACUCAGAGCGCACGGAUGGAUUUUUUCUCUCUCUCUCCCCCCCCCCUUUGAAAUAAUGUGUAAUAAAUUCUGCUAAAUUGCU